UAACGUAACAGACACAACGUCCAUGAAAGUGUUCGAUUUGUCCACAAGUUUUUUCCAACCUGACGUUUUUGCUAGCGGUGUCUUUAGCAUGAGUAUUUGGAAUACAUUUGAUAUAUGAUUUAGAAGACUAUCUCAGAUAAGGCUAUUUCGUUAAUAGGAAAUACUCAAAACUGAACUUAACGAUCGAACUGAGUGUUAUCCAAGGAUUAAACUUAAUUAUAUAACUUAUACCGUUGCGUUGUUAAAUUUCACAGUAACAUUGACUUUCCUAAAUUUCAAAAUGUUUAUGUUAUUUCCGUUGAGCAAUUUUGUUAUGUAGAUGCUCGAGUCUGUGUAAAUAACAGAGAUAAGUAUAAAUGAACACUGAUAAGAUUUAAAGCAUUGUAUAUAAAUAAGUUACAUUAUAAUGCUUCGUGUACUUCUAUUUUUUGUCGGUUUCGGCGCCGUUCAUUCGGUGAAUAUCUUAGGGUAUUUCCUCACGCCUUCAUACAGCCACCAAAUUACUUUCCAACCCAUCUGGAGGGAAUUAUCGUUGCGCGGACACAAAGUCACCGUGGUCACGCCGCAUCCGCUGAAGGAUGAAUCUCUAGUCAAUUUAACGGAGAUCGAUAUUGGAGAGGUGUCCCAGGAGAUCUGGAAGGAUGGGGGCAUGUCGACGCAGGGUACGAGGGAGCAGGAAGCAGGUUUUGGACAAAUCCAAAAAGUUUUUGAUCUUGCGCUGAAGAUCAUGGACGCGCAAAUGUCGCAACCUGCGUUCGCGGAGAUCAUUUCGAACAAGAAGAAUGAAACUUUCGAUUUGGUUCUCGUCGAAUAUUUGUCUGUUAACGGUUUCCCUCUCAAGCACGUGUACAAUUGCCCUCUGGUAGGAAUAUCUUCGAUGCCGUUGAUGAAUAUAGGUCACGACGCGAUCGGCAAUCCUAGCCAUCCGGUCUUAAGUCCCGACUUGACUUUGCCCUUUAGCGAAGACCUCACCUUCGUCGAGCGCCUCUUAAGCGUAAUCUACUCCGUGAUCAGCAGGCUGUUCGUAAUAAGAUUCGUUGAACCCUUGAAUAAACUAAUGCGAAAGUUUUAUGGGGAAGACGUUAAAAGUUCAUUAGAACUUAUAUACGACAUGGAUCUCGUUCUCGCCAACAUAAAUCCAAUUCUGAAUCCGGCGAGACCAAAUAUUCCAACCCUCAUCGAAUUCCAUGGCAUUCACAUCAAACCCGAGCAGAAAUUACCCAAAGAUCUGGACACGCUGCUAAACAAUUCAAAUGAAUCUUCAAUCAUUUACAUGAGCUUUGGAUCAAAUAUUAAAAGCAGUUUAUUCCCGGAGGAUAAAAUCAAAAUUAUUCUGGAAACUAUCGCAGAACUACCACAUUUAGUUCUCUGGAAAUACGAAGCAGAAAAUUUACCAAAUAAACCGAAUAAUCUCGUGAUCAGAAAGUGGUUUCCCCAACAGGACAUAUUAAGACAUCACAAAGUGAAACUGUUUAUAACCCAAGGAGGAAUGCAAUCUUUGGAUGAGGCCAUGUACACUAAAACGCCGGUAGUCGUCAUCCCAUUCUUCGGCGAUCAAUUUUCGAAUGCAAGGAAAGUGGAGAAAAUCGGUUUCGGAAAAUCCCUCAAUUUCCUUAGUCUCAACAAAGCCGAUUUCAAGAAUACAAUAUUAGAUGUUUUGAUGCCGAAUUACGAGUCGAAGACCAAAGAGCUGCACGACCUGUUAGUUGAUCAACCUUUUGGAUCGCUGGAGAAGGUGAUUUGGUGGAUUGAGUAUGUCAUUAGGCAUAAACAAGUUACGCAUCUGAAGAGUCCUGCGCUUAAGGUGCCAUGGUAUAUUAUUCUAUAUUUGGAUAUAAUCGGAUUUUUUGCCGUAUGUUUAAUGGCAAUCGUCAUAUUGAUGAUAUUUGCAAAACGAUUGAUUGUAUCGUUAUGUUGUAGAAGAAAGAUGAAAGAAGAUUGAAACAUUUAUAUUGUGAGAAUGUUUUCUGCUUAAAUCAACUAAAUUAAAAUAUUGACCUGUAAUGUUAAUGUGUGAGGUCAUUGAGCAAAAAUAUGGGCAUUCAGCCAGAAAAUUAAACUUUGAA